UCAAAUACCACAAACAAAAGAAACAAACUUUACCAGGUAAAGCAGAAGUUGUGUGUACGUGUCAACUUUGAUGAUUCUCCGGUCCACCAUAUAUUCCCUCGUCAUCAUCUUUCCUAGUCAAAAUCAUCUUUCUUAAAAACCACUUUAACCAUAAUUCAAGCGUCUUUUUCUUGCUAAAAGCCACUUUUCUUUUUAUAUAUUUAAGUAAUCUUUCUUGUUUGUAAAACCCAGAACUCAAAUACCUUCAUCUCUUUUUUUUUUUUUUUUUUUUAUAAAAGCUUUUGCCAUAGAAUUGCUCUCCAAGUUAAAUGGACAAGUCUUGGUGGAUGUGCAUGGGAAUGUCAACUGCCCAACAUCUCCCACGUCGAAAAUCCGUGGAAAACACCAUUUUUUCAUUGAACCACGUCAACAUGGUGAUGGUUGAUCAUAACCUUGACAUAGAUGACUUUUCCGACGUCUUCGGUGGUCCACCUCGGAGCGUGCUAUGCCGGAAGUUGUCCAGCGACGUCACCCAGUCGGCAUCCUUUUAUGAAGAGGUUUUCCGGCCACUGGAGCUCAGUUCGUCUCAUUCGAUGAAGGGUGGCCGGAGCUUGUCUGCAUAUAGGAUUCCAGCAGGAGGGGAAGGAUUCUACAGUGAUAUUUUCGGGUCGGACGAUGAUCUCCGGCUGUCCAGGGAACGCUCAAGGUCGAACUCGAAGGCAAAGUCCAAGUCGAAUUCAUCGUCGGUGCUUAGUUCGGAGGUACUGAGCCCUCUCCGACCGGUGGCCCGUGAUGACGUCGGAUUGUCGUCUUUUGCUUCAAAGCUCAGGCCAAUCAAUGUUCCAUGCAGAUGGAACUCGACAACAAUGGCGGCAGUUCAAGAACCAGCAAAGCAACAAGGGAUGCCAGCAUAUCCAAGAACUCGUUCUUUCUAUAACGAAAAUUUUUACAUGGAAAAUCAAUACAAUGUCGACAACUUGACGAGAAGCUCAUCAUAUCAUGGUUUCUGUCGACGUGCCUGUUCCCCGGAAAUCAUUAGCUUGGAACCCCCUUCUUUUCGAAGUGUCAAAAUAUCAGCUGAUGGUCUGGAGUUUAACUCCCCUUCAUCCCCUGCCUCUUCACUUUGUCAAGAGCCUGAGGCUAGAGCUGGAGUCCGAAAUGAUUCAAUGCAACAAGAAGAAGAAGAAGAUGAUGAUGAAGAUGAAGUUAUGAGCUCUUAUGUUAUUGAGAUCAAUUCUGAUCUUAGAGAGGGUACGGGUGAAGCAGUUUUAAUUGAUGAAGCAAUUGCUUGGGCGAAGGAGAGCUACAAUACUCAAAGUUCUGAAAGGGAACAUGAAAAAGACCAGCCAAUUGGAACAGAAGCCAGGUAUAAUGCAAAUGAGUCCUUUGACCGGCGAAUGGAUGGCCAUGGAACAAUGCAACAAUCUCCAAUGGAAGAAGAACAGAAGAAAUCGAAAGCAGAAGAAGAAAAGGAGAGAUCAGAAGAACAUAUUAAAAUGGGGGUUUUUGAUGAAGAUGUGAACCUUUGGUCAUCUGGCAAGGAAAAUAACAUUCGAUUGCUCCUUUCAACACUUCAUCAUAUUCUGUGGCCCAAUAGCGGCUGGCACAUGACCCCUGUAACGAGCCUUAUAGAAAGCUCACAAGUGAAAAAAGCUUACCAGAAAGCCAGGCUAUGUCUUCACCCAGACAAACUGCAACAAAGAGGUGCAACACUAUCACAAAAAUAUGUGGCAGCGAAGGCCUUUUCCAUACUCCAGGUAAACUUUCUAGUGAAUAGCCUUUUCUUGCAUCUCUUCUGCACCAUGAAAAAGUUUGCAGAAAUCCAAAGAGGGUUUUCCCUUCCAAUAAAUUUUAAAAGAAGAAACAAAAGUGACUCAUUGUGACCAUAGUCUAAACCAAAGCUUUAAUACGAUGCUAUAUGAUGUAGGAUGCAUGGGGUGCAUUCAUCUCCAAAGAUGUCUUCUUCAACUAGUCGAUGAUGCAGGGAAUUUUGGAACCUUUCUGGGAAGCUUGGAACAAACAAGGAGUCCUUGGACUCGAAGGAUUGAGGGCACUGAUAAAGGGUUAAAAAGCAUGGGAAUGUGCAAGAAUUAUCUGUAACUGUUAAUUUGGUAGAU